CUGUGCUUGAUUUCUGGUCUACACAGCAGAAGAUGGGGGCUAAGAUGACGAAAAGAAUAUGUACCUGUUAAGAGACCCUAUGGGCAUACCUUGCGAAAAAUGCCGCAGGCCACUCUCUUCUCUUACUUUCCCAAACCUACAGCUACCUCCCCUUCCUCGCGUGAUCAUUCGAACACGAAUGGCCAAACGUCCGUUAACGAGAAAGAAUCUGCGUCUUGCCUUGCUCCUCUGGUAGCGACGGACAGAUUGAACAUCAUCAGCAAACUAGAAGAGCAGUGUUCCAGCAUAGGAACUACAAGUCCGACAGCUCUCGGAUCGAGCGUCCAGAACGAAGAGGACGCGGAGUUCAAUAGCACGGAAAUCGAGCCUGCUUGCAAAACACCUCUCAUCAACGCUGGCAAAGGCUUCAGUAACACCGAAAACUUCUCGCAGAUCAUUACCGUCCCGCAUCUCCCAGAAGCCAUCAUCACCCCAAUCCAGCAAUCACAUCUUCCAGCCAUUCAACGUCUGACCAGCACUACUCUACCUGUACACUACAGCCAAUCAUUCUUCACAUCGACCCUCACCGAUCAGGCUGUAGCCCAGUCGUCACGGGUCGUUCUCUACUCCUCAGCGCCUGUGGGUUGGAUCAGAUGUCGUCUGGAGCCCUGCUCGCCAAACACUGACACGUCGAUCGCUAGGCCAAUGCCGUCCCAGAUCUACAUACAUGCGCUGGCUCUUCUGGCGCCAUACAGGAGCCUGGGACUGGCCACGAUCUUGCUGGACAUAGUUUUGUCGACUCCGAUCGCAAUGAGUCCAGAAAUGACCUGCAUUUAUGCGCACGUCUGGGAGAAGAACGAGGAUGCAUUGGAGUGGUAUGCGAAAAGGGGCUUCAAGCGCGUUAUAUUUUUCGAGCGAUACUACAGAAAGCUUAGGCCUGGCGGAGCGUGGGUUGUACGAAUGGAGCUGAACGGACCCCGAAGCCAUCCGUGAAGGUGAUGAACAUGAAUACCCGCUCAACACCCCCUCUUGGAAGAAGCCUGUGGCUCACAGUCUCCUGAACCGACAGCGUUCCAAUUCGACGGUUCAGAGACGAAGUGGCAGGAAAGGCAGCCCACCUAAAGCUUUUGGCCAUGCAUGCCCAACGGUGUUCCAAUAUAAGCAAGUCACGCGAUCACGAAUGACGACGUACAGAAGCUUCGCUGAGACGGUGUGCCAGCCACGGCAAGUCCAGAAAAGCUCACGCUGUCGGCUCGAGCUCGCUCACGAAGCAAGCAACCAGCAUGUUCGGUUCCGAGCGCUCACAGCAUCGGACGAAGCAGGAUAACUUGAGAGCGGAGGGUGUCGGGUGAAGAGAAAGAGUACUGCGGUAGUUGGAAAGAAUAUCCGGCCAUUCUGUCCCAUUCUCUCUAGGUAUAUACACAGUUUUUCGUUCCUCUGCGAGCCGGGCGAACCAUCCUGCGUCCCAGGAACGUCUCAUAGUACUGAAGCAACAUAAUUCUCUUCCAUUUGCCGG